AUUAAUUUGGCCAUACAGCACAAACGAGCAGCGGACUGAGCCACUGAAACUGCCACUAUGUCUGCGUGUCCCUGUUUUCUGUGGGUUUAGUGUCCACUCCUUCCUUUUCAUCGGAGUCUCUGCAGCCGUCGUCUGAAUCAGCUACAAACUGAAAGGCCAGCUCAACAACAUCCACCAUAAACAACAGCAAAUGUCGAUAUAACGUAAAACCUCCACAACAAUAUUUAAAAAAACAACGGGUUAACAAGCAGAUUGUGGUCGCACUCUGUGUUCCCGAGGAGCUGAAAGAAGAAGAUGACCCUUUUCUCUCCGCUUGAAGAGGCUGUGCUGCUGUGUGGGGGAGUGGGUUACAUCCUGUGGCGUUUCCUGUGUUUGUAAACUAGACGCUCUUGCAAACGUCGGGAGAGUGAAGCUAAAAAAGUUUUAAUGCUAGAUGAGUGAGGUGGGGUGUGGCUUCCCACCAGCCCGACCAUCCUGACUGACGGAUCUCUGGAUGACCUUGUCCCCACCCCUGUCCCUGCGCUCACAUACACCACAGCAAUGUCACAUCUGCCCAGCAGCUCAGUCCGCGACCAUAUGAAAUGGGCGGGGCUGCUUGGUUGCGAAGCGGUCCUCUCCAGUAUGGCCCUGAUGCAGGCUAGCUCCAUGGCCGCUCCGCCCAAAAAAAUGAUGGCACCACUUGGCCAUGGACCACCGCAGAGAGAGGGACCUGACCGUGGCCCCCAGAGCCACAUGAUCCUCCCAUCUGGAAUGAGCUGUCCACCCCUGCUUAUCCGGAAGGAAGGUGAAUUCCAAGCUCCCCGCCUGCUUGACGAGAAGGAGAUGAGGGCCAACGAGGACAUGCAGCAGAAAAAAAAGAACAGGAAAUCAGUAACGCCCUGUAAAGUGAGAGAACAAGAGGGAAGGGGUGGGAAGGGCACAGGUGGAGAUGAGAAUGGUCCAUCAUCCAAAGUGCAGAAAAACUUUAUUUGUGAUCACUGUUACGGAGCAUUUAGGAGCGGAUACCACCUGAAGAGACAUAUCCUCAUUCACACAGGGGAGAAGCCGUAUGCUUGUGCCGUAUGUGACAUGAGGUUUAUUCAGCGUUACCACCUGGAGAGACACAGCCUCAUUCACACGGGGGUGAAGCCGUACGCUUGUUCCAUGUGUGACAUGAGGUUUUUCCAGCGUUACCACCUGGAGAGACACAGACUCACUCAUACGGGGGUGAAGCCGUACGCUUGCUCCAUGUGUGACAUGAGGUUCUUCCAACGUUACCAUCUGGCAAGACACAGCCUCACUCAUACUGGGGUGAAGCCAUACGCUUGCUCCAUGUGUGACAUGAGGUUUUUCCAACGCUACCACUUGGCAAGACACAGCCUCACUCACACGGGGGUGAAGCCAUAUGCUUGCUCCAUGUGUGACAUGAGAUUUUUCCAGAGAUACCACCUGGCAAGACACACUCUCACCCAUACGGGGGUGAAGCCAUACGCUUGCUCCAUGUGUGACAUGAGGUUCUUCCAGCGUUACCAUUUGGCAAGACACAGCCUCACUCAUACUGGGGUGAAGCCGUAUGCUUGUACCAUGUGUGACAUGAGGUUUAUACAACGUUACCAACUGGAGAGGCACAGUCUUACUCAUACGGGGGUGAAGCCGUACGCUUGCACCAUGUGUGACAAGAGGUUUUUUCAGCGGUACCACCUGGCGAGACACAGCCUCACUCACAUGGGUGUGAAACCUUAUGCUUGCACCAUGUGUGACAUGAAGUUUUUUCAGCGUUACCACCUGGCGAGACACAGCCUCACUCAUACGGGUGUGAAACCUUAUGCUUGCACCAUGUGUGACAAGAGGUUUUUUCAGCGCUACCACCUGGCGAGACACAGCCUCACUCAUAUGGGUGUGAAACCUUUUGCUUGUACCAUGUGUGACAUGAGGUUUGUUCAGCGUUACCACCUGGCGAGACACAGCCUCACUCAUACGGGUGUGAAACCUUAUGCUUGCACCAUGUGUGACAAGAGGUUUUUUCAGCGCUACCACCUGGCGAGACACAGCCUCACUCAUAUGGGUGUGAAACCUUUUGCUUGUACCAUGUGUGACAUGAGGUUUGUUCAGCGUUACCACCUGGCGAGACACAGCCUCACUCAUACGGGGGUGAAGCCGUAUGCUUGUUCCAUGUGUGACAUGAGGUUUAUUCAGCGUAACCACCUGGAGAGACACAGCCUCACUCAUACGGGAGAGAAGCCAUUUGCUUGUGACAUGUGUGAUAUGAGGUUUAUCCAGCGCUACCACCUUGAGAGACACAAGCGUGUCCAUAGUGGGGAGAAGCCUUACCAGUGUGAGCGGUGCCAGCAGAACUUUUCACGGACAGACCGGCUGUUGCGGCAUCGGCGGUUGUGCCAGGGUCGCAGCGUAGCCAAAGUAGAGAACCAGCCGUGCUGCGAUCCACGCCCUUACCCCCAGGAACCUCCACCCGCACCCCCAACCUGGAGUCCCCUGCACCCCCCUCCAGGCCGGCUGGCGGUCUGACAUUCCACCUUCCCUACAUCCACAACACCGCCAGAGACGGGACAAGCCACAGGGUUUCUUCUUCUCAGCUCUGUGCUGAGUGACGCCACACUCUAGCAUAGGCUGGUCUUGCAGCUCCAGUCUUGGGAUUACUAUUGACAGAGGGACAUUUGUGUUUUUGUUUUGUUGACUUUUAUUGUGUUGUCCCCCCCCCCCCCCCCCCC